GCUAAAUUUAGGUGCAGAAACAUUUGAAACAAAAAUAGACUUGUCAAGGCAUGCGGAAACAUAUUCCUGAGUUCAACUCAACUAGUAAAUUAGUAAUUUAAAUGCAAAGCCCGCCUCAGUCCUCAUUUCACUUUUAUUUCAAUUCUCCAACCAAAAAGUAAACAACACACUCAUUAUCACUUCUUUUCUUAUUUCCAAACUACUUUUCCCUUUUGGUUUCUCCAAAUUCAGCCUGCCAAUUUUAUUUUCAUUUUCAUUUUCAAUCAUGAAUUCUACCUCAUCGUCUUCCUCUUCCUCUUCCGGUGCUCCUACCACCUCUUUCGAUGCAUCACCUAGUUGUCUUUCAGCCAUUUUCUGUCGACUUUUCUGCUCUCGCGCCCUCCCUACGCACCCUUCUGAUAUUCACCAACAACACUCUACCAAGUCAUUUGACGUGCCUCAUCAGGCUGCAGCCUCAAGUCCUCCUGGCAUUGUGGCUAGGCUUAUGGGCUUGGAAACUAACUUCACGGAAGUUAGUGCCAAUUCCAUCUCAAGAAGCAAAUCUUUGAAUUUUGUAGAGUUUAGCGAUCAAAAGCACCAUACAAGGGCUAAGAGCAGCACAUUUGCUCCCCUCGGCAUGCCAACUUUUCUUGAGCUAGAAAACGAGGAAUUCUUUAUUCUUAGCUUCGAAAAAAGAGGUGACUGGAAAGAAACUAGAGACACAAGGAGAAAAUCUAAAGAAUUUCGAGCAAAAAGAAACAAGGAAAACAAAAAUGAAAAUGUACAAUUAAAGAAGAAGGAAGAUAAAGAGGAUAUAAUGAAUAAUGAUAAAGAGCAGCUAACUGUGGUUGAUCAAGAAAUUGGGAAAAUUGAAGAUUCAGCCAAAGCUAGUCUACCUCUAAGGGAAUUGUGCCGGAUGACAACUGCUAAACAAGAUUGGAUAAACUGCAAAGAAAUGAAAAAGAAACGAAGACAUGGGCGCCGAUUAAAGAGUGAAGAAGAAGAAGAAGAAGAAUGCAGUUCGGAAGAAUCCAGCCCUGUUUCUGUUCUUGAUUUUGAUCCAUUUGUCGUUCCUACGAAAUCAGAGGAAGAUGGUAGUUCAAGGAGGAAAUUAUCAUCAGCACUUGAGGAUUCAAAUUCAAAGAGGAGGGAAGCAGCAUAUCAUAAUGAUAAUCAAGUGGUUGAGUUCAUUUGGAGACACAAAAUGAUUAGGGAAUUCCAAGAUUUUGAAGAAAUUACUGCAGAGAUUGAGUUACAAAUUUUCAAUGAGUUGUUAGAAGAGCUAUUGGUAUAGAUAGUGCAAAAUAAAUGUAACAUAGAUAAACUCAGUUGUAAUUUAAUUUUGAUUAGUUUCCAAAUUGGAAAUCUACACCAUAGUAAAUAUUGUUGCAUAAAUUAUGUGACAAUCUCGUAGGUCCUUUUUAAGUUUAAAAUAAAAGUGUUUUAGUUAA